AUGAAUCUCAGCAUCAUUGCCACCAUCUUUGUGAUCUUUGUAUCAGUCAAUCAAUCUUUUGGUGCCAUGAUCCAUUUGGUGAGAGCAAGUUUCAAGACUUGCUAA